AUGUCUGAUACUAAAGAGGAAAAGCUGGCCACUAUCGACUAUGGCCUUGGCGAUCUGCACGAUGAUUCGGCACUGUUGUGUCGGAUCGAUUGGCGCAUACUGCCGAUUAUGUUCUUAACGUACUUUUUGCAGUUCCUGGAUAAGGUGGCCUUGAAUUACGCUAAUGUCAUGGGCAUGCAAGACGAUCUUGGAAUGAAGGGCAAUGACUUCUCCUGGCUGGCUACGGGAUUCUUCAUUGCUUAUGCUGUGGCCGAGAUCCCUCAGGGGUUCUUACUCCAACGAUACCCCAUCACCAAAGUCCUCGGAUUCAACAUCCUCUGCUGGGGGGUGCUCCUCUGCUGCUCUGCCGCAGCCCAGAAUUUUGCCGGCAUGAUGUCUCUACGAGUGCUUCUUGGCACACUAGAAGCUGUGAUCGCCCCCGCCCUAACCAUGUACACAAGCAUGUGGUACACCCGGGCCGAGUCCACCCCUCGCUAUGGCCUCUGGUACUGCGGACUCGGCACCGGGCAGAUCAUCGGCGGAUUAAUAUCCUUCGCGGCGCAGCAUGCACCGGCAUCGAUGUCAUUCCACGGCUGGCGGAUCAUGUUUGUAGUGAUCGGAGCAGUAAACGUCCUCGUAGCGCUUCUCGUCCUGUUCGUUCUACCCGACACACUAUCAGAAGCGCGGUUCCUGAGCACAUCCGAGAAGGUUCGCGUGGAGGAGCGCCUCCGGCAAGACCAAGCUGGUGUGGGCGAGAAAAUCUUUCGCGCGAUAUCGCUGCUCGAGGCAUUUGCAGAUCUCCAGACUGCGCUUUUGGUGCUUCUGACUAUUCUCAUCACUAUACCCAGUGGAGUUAUCACGACUUUCUCAUCCAUCCUGAUCAAGGACUUUGGAUAUGACUCCAAGGAGAGUGCGCUGCUUAAUAUGCCCUCUGGGGUGGUUAGCAUCGUUGCUACUAUGGCGUCUACGAUGGCCAUUGCGCGGGGAUAUUCGCGCUGGCUGGCGAUUAAUGUUCUCCUGAUUCCUACUCUGCUCGGGGCGUGUCUGAUGUCUUUUCUGCCAUCUUCGAAUCAAGGGGGUUGUUUGGCUGGGAUAUACCUCGUAAACACGACUGUCGCACCGCUAGCAUUGAUUUUUGCGUGGACUGGUGCGAACUACAAGGGGUAUACCAUGAAGGUAGCAGGAAGUACCCUCGUCUCGGCCGGUUUCAGCAUCGCCAACAUCAUCGGGCCGCAGACGUUUCAAUCCCGCGACGCUCCAGGGUACAUUCCCGCCAAGAUCACGAUCGUCGCCGUCAACGCCGGCGCAAUCAUCAUCUCCACCAUGCUGCGGGUGGUCUACGGCCGUCGGAACGCGCGGGCUAACCGAUUAGGUCGGGCAGCGGGGAGUCGCAUGGAGGGACGGCUGCGGACUAUUCACACUAAGACUACCAUCGCCAAAAUGCUAACUCUCAUAACCGGCGCCAACGGCUUCAUAGCAACGCAUUGCAUCGCCACACUCCUCCGCGCAGGCCACUCCAUCCGAGGCACCGUGCGCAGCGCCGAAAAAGCCACGGCGACGCUUUCCGCCCUCAACGCCGCAGGAAUCCCCCACCUUGAGACAUCCCUGGACCUCGUGGUCGUUCCCGACCCCACAGACCUAACGCAGUUUCUCCCCGCAGCGGCAGGCUGUGACGCUAUUCUGCACCUCGCGUCGGCAUUUACCUAUGAUGCGGAGCCGGGUCAGUUCGAGGAGCGAUUGCUUCGUCCGGCAAUACAGGGGACGAGUGUUGCGUGUGAGGCUGCGCAUCAGUGUGAGAGUGUGAAGAAGUUGGUGAUAAUGUCGUCGUUUGCGGCGGUUUAUGAUGCGGCGUUGGGAUUGCAGCCUGGGAAGGCUUAUACGGAGAAGGAUUGGAGUCCGUUGGGUUUUGAGGAGGGGAAGAAUACUGAUAAUGUGGCUGUGGCAUACCGCGCGUCCAAGGUCCUAGCGGAACGGACGGCGUGGACAUACAUCAAGGAGAAUGAUGUGGACUUUCGACUUGUCACACUUUGUCCUGGGAUGGUGUUCGGGAAGAUGAUUCAUCUCAUUUCAUCGCUUGAGUAUUUGAACGCCAGUAAUAAGAUUGUGUGGGAGGUAGCGAAGGGCGGGAGUGAAAUCCCGCCGACAAAGGCACCUGUCUGGGUGGAUGUGCAAGAUCUAGCAGAGACAUGCCUGCGCGCGUUGACGGUCCAUUUACCCUCCCAUCAGCGGUUUCUCGUCACGGAGGGUCCGUACGAUACGCAGGAGAUCGCGGAUGUGGUGAGAGAGGAUAUUCCUGCUGCUUCGAAACGGAUUGCGGUUGGGAGUCCGGGGGCGAGAAUCAGAGAUACGCAUUAUACGUGCGAUUCGGGCGAGGUGAAGAGGAUGUUGGGGGUGCGGUUUCGGGGGUUGAGGGAGUCGAUUGUUCCUUUGGUGGAGCAGUUGUAUGCUAUGGAAGAGGGAGAGAGGAGAGAUGGUCUGUCUGCUGCGGUACUUUAA